UGUUAUUAUUAUUUCUUUGGUGACAACAUAGUGAACAUAGAUAAAACGUUUGCUCUAUUUGUAUUGCUGUCAAAUCAAAAUAGAUGCCAUGGAACAAUUCGACCUUUGGUAAGAACACAUUUAUUUGAAAAGGUCAAAAGUAGAAUUGUAGAACCCUGUGCUGUGUAGAAAACCAAACAUCUAAACUAGAAACGUUUAGAGAAGAUUUAAGAACCUUUUAAAAAUACAAAGGAACCCCUGAGAAAUCCCUUUUCGAACAGAAGUAUGAACUUUCAGCUCAGGAGGGUUUGGACACAAAUGAUGCGUUUUAAGCCGUUGCCAUGGGAACACUGCACCUUUGCGUCUCUCCAACAGCCACCAUGUUGAGGACGAGGUCAUCAGUUCAUCCUCUGUGCUCUCCACCAGCCGGUCUCAGAGAGGAGAUGAUAGAGAGCAGAAGAAAAACAAAAGGACGGCAGAGUUUUGCUCUGCCGGACUGCCGAGAUACACUGCGCUGGAUGCAGUGGGAUGGGGUGCUGCAGCGGUUCUGUUCAUGCAGAUCUGCAGGAGGAUCCACUCUCAGUUCUCCUCAGUUGGCGAACAGAACCCGGGAACUUCCCGCCUCUCAGAUCCGAUCCUCAUCCACAAAUGCACGCACAAGCUCCUGCGUGACGUUCUGACGGGACACACUGUGCUUCCCCGUGGAGUGUGUGUGAUGGGUGUGAAUAAGGCGUUAACAAGUCCAGAGCAAAGCAGCAGCAGCAGCAGCAGCAGCAGUGGUAAUAAUUACAGCGCUGAACCUGCACAUCCCAUCACUGACCAGCAGGGGGAGACAAUUCACCAUAAUAUCACAGAAACACUCACAGACUGUAACGUUACCCAGACUGCAGCCUCUGGAUGUGAAAUAUCACAAGAACACAGGACGUCCUGCUCUCUGGACGAGGCCGAGCAGCAUCUCAGAGACAUCGCAGGCAACAGCGUGCCUGUCAUCCUCAACAUCAUCGGUCUGGAAAGCUCUAAAGCAGGCAAUCAUAAAGCAGCAUUUGAAUGUUUUUUGGUUUCGGCACAGCAGAAUUACAGCAAAGCUCAGUUUAACGUCGGAGUGUGUUACGAGAUGGGCCGAGGAGUCGUGAAAGACCUUAGCAAGGCUCUGCAGUAUUACAGAUGUGCAGCUAUGGCAGGUCACACACAGGCUCAGUACCGCUGUGCAAAACUCCUCCUGAACAGCAGGGGGCAGCAAAGCAUCAUGGACACACACAAUGCUACAGCUACGGCCAUCUCUCUUCUGCAGAGCGCCGCUGCUGCUGGACUUACUGAGGCUCAGCUGUAUCUAGGUGUGUUGUUCUCUCAUGAUCCAGAUGCCGACGGAAGGAAAUCUGUUCGCUAUUUCCGAAUGGCAGCGGAGAGUGGAGACAGUACCGGUCUGCUGUUUCUGGGACAAUGCUAUGAGAGAGGGUUUGGAGUCCCUCUGUGCUACACGACUGCAGUGUGGUAUUACGGUAAAGCAGCUGCUAAAGGAAACCAGAAGGCCAAGAACAAACUCGACCUGCAUAAACGAGAAGUCCUGCGCUCUAUACGUUCUGCUCCUUGUCUUUCGGUCUUGGAUCGUCGUCCUGUGAACUCCGUGUGUCCUCCAGCGCUGGAAGCGAAGCGGCAGGCGGAGUUGCCGACUCAGCCACUUCCUCAUUCGCAGAGCACAGGCAGUCUCAUAGCUUUACCCCCUUUUACCGCUCAUACACUCAAUGCUGACUGUAGAAGUGGGGGCUGGAUUAUAGGGGUGGGAUAACAAACACACACACAUGAGCGCACAAGAACAACCUGAUAGAGCUGUGGUAACGGUACAGCUAUUGUGGAACGUCUUCAGCCAAUCAGAGUUGAGCUUGAACGUUUCAGGCAUUACUAUUGGGUGAGGUUCAAGUGUCUGUUAUUUCAUUAGUUCUGUUUUCUAGAUUCUAGAUUUUCUAGAUUCUUGACCUCUGAUGCCCUUUGCUGUAUUUUUGUUAUACGAGAGCUUGAGGUUGUUCAAAUGUAAGCAUCGUUGUCAAGCCACUAUUAUGCUCCAUCGUCGUGUGACAAAGGUGUUACACACUGACUCUGGAGACGAGGAGCGGAAGGGAGUGAGUGAUGGCAUGUUAAAAAAAAAUAGUUUGUCUUUGCCUGACAGACUCCUUUAACACAAGCAUUACAAUCGAGCGUGUGUACACCAUUUCCACCCUAGUGUGUUACUUUAGGUCACACCACCUACGAACACAUUAACUUUGACUUCAGUACUAUAAUUGCACUUAGCUUUAACCUACAUUGACAAAAUGUUAAGUAUAAGCCAAAAUAUAUAUAUUCUUUAUACAACGUGCCUUGUUUGAAAAAACACACAUAAAUGCACCUUGACUGCAUUAAUCAACACAUAAUGAGUGUUUCUAUUUCUCUGAAUGCUAGUUAUAUUGUAUUGUUUACUGUGAUCAUGUCCAUAAUAAGCUCUGUGACCUGUUUGACGCACAAUUUAAAGUUUUAAGGAUAAUAAACAAACUUUUUCCACCA